AUGCCGCCCAAAGGCCAGCCCGCCGAGUCGAGUCAUGCCCGGUCUUUCUUUACCGUGCCGGCUCCUAUAAAACAGCUCUUCGACCGGUUCCCGUUGGUCACCUAUCCCGCCAACGACCUCCCUCAACGCGCUUCCCCUCGACACGGCAACCAGCUGUUCGUGUUCACCGAUGCCCCAGGGGCACGGCGAGGUCGGCCCUCUUUCAAUCCACAAUGCCUCAAGUGGCAGGCGUACCUGAAAUUCGUCGGAAUCGACUUCGAGGUCGUCUCUUCUAAUAACCACGCGUCGCCUACCGGCGCCCUUCCGUUCCUUCUCCCCGGACUUCCUACCGAGGCUCUUCUGCCAAUUCCCUCACACAAGCUCCAAAAAUGGGCUAUCGAGCAAGUCCACUGCGAAGAAGAACAACAAUUGAAUCUCCGAUUCGAGGUGUAUGGGUCCCUGUUGGACCACCGGAUACGCAAUGCUUGGUUACAAAUGCUGUAUCUGGACCAUGAGAACUUUGAGGCCGUUGCGCGGCCAUCCUACGUGAACCCCGCCACCACGAACUCACUUGUACGAGCUGCCCUGGGUCUCCAGCUCCAACAGGCUGCGCGCGACGAGCUGCUCAAAACCGCACGGUGCAUCGAUGUGGCCGAUCUCGAAGGGGAUGCCGGGGGCGCAUUCGAGGCGCUGUCCACGUUACUCGGCGAGGAUGAGCACUUCUUCGGCCGACCAAACCCGGGCUUGUUCGACGCCAGCGUCUUCGCCUACACGCAUCUGGUCCUGGACGAGGAGAUGGGAUGGAAACAGAACCGAUUGGCCCAGCUGCUCCGAGAGCAUCCCAAUCUUGUACAACACCGUGACAGACUACUGAAAUUCUUCUAG